UUCGAAUCUCGUUCAAUUGACAUUCUCUCGGCGAUAGCUUCAUAUGUGAAGCCUCCUACCGAAUCGAACAGCUCGGCUUCAGCAAAGUAGUCGAGUGUGUUCCAUAAUGGCCGCGCCCAUAUUAAGAUCCCUCUGGCCAUCCCUGGCGAGGCGGCCAGCUACGAUCCCGUCAUCCUUCUCUACAUUACCCUCACGAUCAUUCUCGACGACAGCAUCACCGAACGCGACCUUAAAUCAAGUCCUACGAGGAUGCCGUAAACCCCAGCGCGCGCGUCACGCCGUCUCUCCCGCCCUAUCAGAUAUGAACUGCCCGCAGCAAAAAGGCGUGUGCUUGAAGGUCGGCAUUACGCGACCCAAGAAGCCCAAUUCAGGCGAACGCAAGACCGCGCGUAUUCGUCUUUCCAGUGGCCGUAUGAUCUCCGCCUAUAUCCCCGGCGAGGGCCACAACAUCCAGCAGCAUUCCGUCGUGCUCGUUCGAGGUGGUAGGAGUCAAGAUUGUCCCGGUGUGCGGUAUCACUUGGUUCGGGGAGCGUUGGAUUUGGCCGGUGUUGCCAAUCGCAAGACGAGUCGCAGUAAAUACGGAACGAAGAAACCGAAGAAGGCAUCAGUGGGCGCAUAGAACAGGGCAUGAAAGCUCUGGCACGGCAUUGGUUUAUAUAGC